AUGUCGUUCUUUACCAACCUGGCUGAGAAGGUUACUGAGUUUUUCGAAGACAACAGUAACGAAGAUAAAAACAACGAUGAUGAUUUUAUUGAGCAACAGCUGAUGAAUGAAAAACAUCGCUAUGAUUCGUUUGCUGCGGUCAGACAUAAUGCUCAGGUCAAAUACUACAUUGAUGGCCAUAACUACUGCUGGGCUGUGUCUGAAGCCAUUGAACGCGCCAGAGAAUGUAUUUACAUCGAAGAUUGGUGGCUGUAUUUACGUCGUCCUCCUUCCAAGUAUCCUGAGUACCGUUUGGAUGCUCUUCUCAAAAGAAAGGCAGAUGAAGGUAUCAAGAUUUAUGAAGUUGAAAUGGCUCUCACUUUGGACAGUCGCCAUACAAAAGAUGCCCUUCAAGCUUUGAGUGAGAAUAUUAUUGUUCUUAGGCAUCCUGACCAUGACAUUGGAGGUACCUUUUUUUGGUCUCACCAUGAAAAGUUUGUAGUUGUCGACAAUGAAAUUGCUUUUCUUGGCGGUAUUGAUCUGUGUUUUGGACGUUGGGACACAAACGGCCAUCCUUUGGCUGAUUUCAACGGAAAUGACCCCGAAAGCGAAUUAUUUCCCGUCAAAGAAUGGAAUAUGCGUUUGAUUGAUAAGACCGUUAUACCGAGAAUGCCAUGGCAUGAUAUUUCCCUGUGUGUUAUGGGUGCUCCCGUCCUAGAUGUAGCUCGUCAUUUUUGUGAGCGCUGGAAUUUCAUAAAGCAUGACAAAAAAAUGAAUAAUGAUCGAGUACCUUUCAUACAGCCUCCACUCGGCGGUAUGGGUCAGCAACAACGCUACAUUGAUGAUGCUGCUGAAUAUAACUUCAGGAAAUAUCGUCAUAAACAUAGAACACAUAACGUCAGUGGUACCAUGCGUUGCCAAGUUCUUAGAAGCAGUGCCAAUUGGAGUUCUGGUAUCGAAACUGAGCAUUCUAUUCAGAAUGCCUACAUUGCUACUAUUUUGGGAGCUAAGCAUUAUGUAUACAUUGAAAAUCAAUUCUUCAUUAGUUCUACGGAAAGGAAAGAAGAUAGCAUUAUAAAGAAUCAAAUUGCUAAUGCUAUUGUCAGGCGUAUCAUUCGGGCACAUGAAGAACAAGACAAAUUUAAAGUAUUUGUUUUAAUGCCGCUUAUGCCUGCUUUCCCUGCUGACCUUAGUACUAAGGAUGCUGCUACUGCAAGACUUGUUAUGCAUUAUCAAUAUAUUUCUAUUUGUCGCGGUACAGAUAGUAUCGUUGAAAAGCUAAGAGCUACUGGUAUUGAUCCUGAUGAAUAUAUUCGUUUCUAUAGUUUAAGAAGUUACGAUCGUAUCAACCGCAGUAAGCUUGAAGAGCUUCUUGUUCAAGCUGCUGGAUAUUCGAAUUCUGUUGAGCGACAAAUUAAUACUGCUGGUGGCGAAGAAGGUGAUCUUAUUGGAAUUGUACGUCAAGCCGGUGAUCCAGACUUUGCUAGAGGAACGGAGGGUGCCUUCAACGUUGAAGAAGAAGUGGAAUACAGCCGUGUCGGCCGGUAUGAAGAUGAGACGGAGAGAGAGAACUAUGGUGACCGAUACAAUAAUGAGGAAGAUUAUGCCGGUGACGAAGGUAUUGCAGCAGAUUCUAUUGCCAAGGAUGCAAUGCUGAAUGGUGAUGUUGAAAAUGAGCCUUGGGUCAAUGAUACGAAGGAAGAGCAACCGCGGGAUGAUGAGGCCGAGAAGGAAGAGGUCAGUGACUAUGUAACUGAAGAACUCUAUAUCCAUGCAAAAAUUCUUAUUGCUGACGACAAAACCGUCAUCAUUGGUUCGGCUAACUUGAAUGAUCGUUCUCAAUGUGGUGAUCGUGACUCAGAAAUUGCUUUAAUUGUUGAGGAUCAGGAGACUAUUCCGUCGUUAAUGGACGGCAAGGACUAUGAAGCAAGCAAAUUCGCUGCCAGCUUCCGUCGUCAAUUAUGGAAAGAACAUUUGGGUUUACUUCCUGAUAGUUCAAUUGAUGAAGUCAACGACAAUAUGCUACCUUUACCUGUUCCCCAAAUUGAUUACACUGAAAGCGAAGAAGAUAAAGAAGUUAUGGAUCCUCUUGACGAUGCAACACUUGAAAGAUGGAACUUCACAGCCAGAACCAAUACUGAAGCAUUCCGCGAGAUUUUCCAUUGCGUUCCAGAUGACACUGCAUUUUAUCCUGACCCUAGCCAGAUUGACAUAGGUCAUGUUCAUAAUCCUGAAUUGACAGUUGAGGAAAUCAGAGGACAGUUGAGCAAUAUUCGAGGCCAUUUAGUUGAAUUCCCUUAUGAUUUUCUAAAGAACGUCGAUCUUCAAGGAGAAUCCAUUCCGUUUAUUGGUGAUGAUAUUCAAGAACUAUAUACUUAA